UUGAUGAACGGUUUUCUGAAAUAGUUAUUUCGAUGGCAUCACAAAUUUUACAUUUGCCAGUCCACUGCAAGUUAUUUAAGGAUUUCUUAGUGGAGGAGCUCAUCUUUCAUAAAUCACCAUUUGACUUUCACUACGGAAAAUGUGCGGUAAUUGGGAAAUUGUGUCGUCGUGAUAAUCUGUGCUACUUACAAAACAUUUCAUUGAGCUGCUUCGAUAGAAACUACUGUAUAAAGACGGGUGCCGUAGAAAUUCGUCUACUACCAACGUCUUACCGUUCGAAUCCAGGAGAUUUGUCAUCGUUUCGGGGCUUGAUCAAUGGUGCAUUCUACGAAGUUCAUGGAGAAACGGCAUUUUUGCAUAAAGACGCGCCAGUCACAGCAGCAGUACCUAUUACAAUAGUGGAAAUGAUGAUAAACCUACGCAUGAAAUAUUUGGUCUUCACCGAUGGCAACAGCAACAGCUGUAACAGUAGCAACCAACUUUUCGAUCUCAAAGAUAUUCCGAGCGAUUAUUGUCAGCUUAACGAAACCGCUAUACUAGAAGACGUUAAACGAUUCAAAACGACUCAUGUUCCAGUUCUACAAGUACACACCAUGAAUGAAAUCGAUCAAGCUGAAGAAUUGAUACAGUGUAAUCUUCAAUUACGACUGUUGCGCAACAAACGACAUUCCAAAAAUUAGAUUUAUUCAUAUUUAAGUUAAGCAUGUUGUUAUUCCAAUGAAUUAAUAAAUUGCGAUAUUUGUUUUUUGCACUCUGAUUAA